AUGCUCGAGGGCGCAGCAGGAAACAUUAACUUCGGCGCCCAGAUGAUACGGUUUCUUUGGGACUACUCCCCCAACCUUGUGCCGACGCCGCAGAUGCUUGUCAACGCUGUUUGUACAAGUCUGAAUGACGAAGAAAGGAUAUCGUGCUUCCUAUUGACCAAGAGAACUGGUCGGCUCACUCUGUAUCGGGCUCUGGCGGAUGCUCUCAUGGGCAAGAAAAACGGCUCUGCGAUAUUUGGUCGCGUCUUGUACUCGAGUAUUCCGCUGGAGUUAACUGAAGAGGAUGUCUUGGUUGCGUUUGAGAAGUGGCAAGGAGUUUUGUUGAAGCGGAUGCUGGAGAUAGAAGAGGGUGUUCGGCCGUCCCAGGAUAUGCUUGUCACGGCCAUCGAGCAUCGGAAUAUCACGGCUUUGGAGGUCUUGCUUCCUGAGCCAGGAUUUCAUGAAUUGGUUUCGGAUGAACUACUGGCCAAGGUCACAGACAGUCAGCAUCAGGAGAUGAUCGAGAUAUUCCAGGGACAGGGAUUUACUGUUGCAGCCGAUGGGGCAAGUUAA